AUGUUCCGUCAAAGCAUUAGACGGUUUGGUACGACAGCCAUUCGUGCUGCUGCCAACGAGGGUCGUUCCGCGUACACUUCCCGGGUGUCUACAGCGCAGGGCGUUGUCAAUGGCCUUACGGAAGCAAUUGGAAACACCCCUUUGAUCCGGUUAAAGCGACUUUCUGAAGAGACCGGCUGCAAUGUUUUGGGCAAGGCAGAAUUCCAGAACCCUGGUGGUAGUGUGAAGGAUCGGGCUGCGCUAUUCGUUGUGGAGGAUGCCGAGAAGAAGGGACUACUCCGACCUGGCGGUACUGUUGUUGAGGGCACUGCAGGAAACACCGGCAUUGGUCUUGCACAUGUUUGUCGGUCAAAGGGCUACAAGCUAGUUAUUUAUAUGCCCAACACUCAAUCUCAGGGUAAGAUUGAUCUGCUUCGUUUGUUGGGUGCCGAGGUAUACCCGGUCCCAGCCGUCGCAUUCGACAACCCCGAGAACUAUAACCACCAAGCGCGCAGACACGCCGAGUCUCUGGAUAAUGCGGUUUGGACCAACCAGUUCGAUAAUACUGCCAACCGUCAAGCCCAUAUCGAGACUACUGGCCCUGAGCUAUGGGCUCAGACUGGCGGCAAGAUUGACGCUUUUACCUGCGCUACCGGCACUGGUGGUACUCUAGCUGGUAUCACUCGCUACCUCAAGGAGGCCAGUAAUGGUCAAGUUAAGAGUUUCCUGGCCGACCCACCUGGCAGUGUGUUGCACAGCUACAUUCAGAGCGGCGGAAAGCUAAUUGACCGAUCCGGUGGUAGUAUCACUGAGGGUAUUGGCCAGGGUCGUGUCACUGAUAACCUCCAGCCUGAUAUUGAUCUCCUGGAUGGCUCUCUGAACAUUAGCGAUGAGAAGACCAUUGAAAUGGUCUACCGUUGUCUGGAUGAAGAGGGUCUCUACUUGGGAGCUAGCUCUGCUCUGAAUGUGGUGGCUGCUAAGGAGGUUGCUGAGAAGCUGGGCAAGGGCCACACUGUUGUCACCAUCCUGUGUGACGGUGCCUACCGAUAUGCCGACCGCUUGUUCUCGGCCACCUGGCUUGAGAGCAAGAAGCUUCGUGGUGCCAUCCCUAAGCACCUUGAGAAGUACAUUGUCUUGCCUUAA